AUGACUACUCCUUAUUUAUCAGACGAUUGUAUUUACUAUAUUUUAAAAUAUCUUCAAACUUAUCAUUCAUCUUUAUUCAAUUGUAUAUUGGUUAAUCGAUUUUGGUGUAGAGCAGCAAUUCCUUUGCUUUACGCAAAUCCCUUUAUCAGAAAAAAUAAAAAUGUAAUCUUAACUUUCAUAUUAAGUUUUAAUAGAACAGAAAUUUUACAAUUAAAAAAUCAAUUAAAACUUAUUAGAAAUAUGAAUAUUAAAGAUGAAUAUAACCCAUUAUUUGAAUAUCCAAAAUAUUUAAAAUAUUAUAAUUAUUAUGGUAUAGAUUCCACAAUUUUUGAAUGGUUUAAAGGUCCUUCAAAUUUUUCUUAUAAUCAAAAUCAUAAAAAUUAUAAAAAUUUUUGUUCAAUAUUUCAUCAAUCAAUUUUAAAUAAUUGUAAUAAUAUUGAACAAUUUAAUAUUGAUUAUCAUUCAUUUAUUAAAUCUAAUCCUAAUUUUAUUAUACCAAUAACAAAUUUAACAAAAUUAAAUUCUUUAACAUUAAUUAAUUUAGAAAAUUUUGAUCAAGAAAUUGAAAAAGAUUUUUUAAAUAAUUCAUCAAAUAAUUGUUUAAAUUUAAAGAAAUUGGAUCAAGAAAUUGAAAAGGAGGAUUUUUUAAAUAAUUCAUCAAAUAAUUGUUUAAAUUUAAAGAAAUUGGAUCAAGAUAUUGAAAAAGAUUUUUUAAAUAAUUCAUCAAAUCAUUUUUUAAAUUUAGAAAAAUUGGAUCAAGAAAUUGAAAAGGAUUUUUUAAAUAAUUUAUCAAAUCAUUGUUUAAAUUUAAAGAAAUUAGAAAUUUUUUUAAGAUUUGAUGUUUCUUCUAUUAUAAGAAAAAACCUUUUUAAAAUUAUACAAAAUCAAUAUAAUCUUAAAGAAUUUAAAAUAUCAAGUUUAUGUUUAUUGGAUAAUAAUUUAAUUUCUUCAUUAGAAUUUCAAAAAAAUUCUUUAGUUCAUAUUGAAUUUUCAAAUAUUGAUUUUCGUAAUAUUUCUUUUAAAAAUUUUAUAAAUUUAUAUAAUUUGGAAUAUUUAAAAUUUGUUAGUUGUAAAGAUAUCAAUCCAUUAGAUAGAUAUGAAAUUUUAAAAUUUGCAACGUUUAAACUUAAAAAAUUGGAAUUUAAGAUGAAUGUUUGGGAUGUAACUAUUGAACCUACAAUAAUUAAAUAUUUAGGAUCUUCUUUACAAAGUUUAUUAAUAGGUGAAAGUUCUAUGAUAAUUCCUAUGAUUGAAAAUAUUUUAAUAUAUUGUUUAAAUCUUAUUACAUUAGAAAUAGAAAUUCUUUAUUUUAAAAAUAUUGAUUUAUUAGUAUUUCAAUAUUUUAAAAAUUUAGAAAUCAAAAAAUUAAUUAUUGAUUCUUAUGGUGGUGAUGGUAGAAUUAAUGAUAUUUUUAUUAAUUUAGCAAUUAAUUUGUCUAUUGAUGUUAAAGAAUUUUCUUUUUUACAUUAUUCUAGAUGUAAUCAAUUACUUUUUAAAUCAUUUUUAGAAAAUUGUCAUAAUCAUUUGGAAAAAAUUUGUUUAAACUUUAGUUUAGGUUAUAAUUUUAUUGAUUCCGAAUUUCUUACGGUAAUUUUAAAUUAUAUAGAAAAAAGUAAUAAUAGUUUGAAAUUUUUAAAUUUUAUUAGUGCAAAAAGAAUAUUAAAUGAGGAGGAAUUAAGAUUAUUAACCGAAAUUAAAGCUAAAGGAAUAAGAAUAGUAAUAGAAUUUUAUUAA